AUCAGCAGGAGUAGGCUGAGCACCACUUUCAUGUCCAGCUACUUGGCAAACAGGGGAUUGUACAAAUAUUCCAUCUAGUCCUCUGACAUUUGCUGCAUCUAAUGCCCUGAUUAUUUAAAUUAUAGAUUAUUUUGCCCGUUAUAAGGCCUAAAAAAUAUCGAUGGCGUCUGUACGGGUGGCUGUCCGAGUUCGACCCCUGAACAAGAGAGAAAGAGACCUGUCCUCUAAGGUUAUUAUUCACAUGGAGGGAAAUAAGACCUCUAUUGUCAAUGUUAAGGACAUUCUUACAAAUUCAUCGGAAGAGAAGGCAAAGUCAUUCACCUAUGAUUUUUCCUAUGACUCCAGCAACGCUAAGAAACCUAACUUUGCAACUCAGGAUAAGGUUUUCACAGACCUGGGUCAUGAUGUUCUGGAGGCAGCCUUUGAAGGUUACAAUGCCUGCGUCUUUGCCUCUGGCCAGACCGGUUCUGGGAAGUCGUACACGAUGAUGGGCAAUGCAGACGAUACUGGUCUAAUCCCGCGCAUCUGUGAAGCCCUCUUCAGCCAGAUCUCAGGCCUGUCCCAGACUGACCUGACCUCCUUCCACACGGCGGUCAGCUAUCUGGAAAUCUACAAUGAGCGCGUGCGAGACCUCCUUGUCAGAAAAACGUCUGAGGGCAGCUGCCUGAGAGUGAGGGAGCACCCGAGAGAAGGGCCUUACGUGGAGGGUCUGUCCAAGCAGCAGGUGCACAGCUACAGUGAUGUGGAGAGGCUGAUGGAGAAGGGCAAUGCCAGUCGCGCCACAGCCAGCACGGCCAUGAACCAAGCCAGCAGCCGCUCCCAUGCCAUCUUCACCAUCCACUUCAGACAGGCCAGGUUCGAUGCGGAGCUGCCCAGCGAGACCACGAGUAAGAUCCACCUGGUGGACCUGGCGGGCAGCGAGAGGGCGGAUGCCACACGCGCCACAGGGACGCGGCUCAAGGAGGGCGCCAACAUCAACAAGUCGCUGGUGGCAUUGGGCAAAGUCAUCUCAGCGCUGGCGGAUGUGUCAGUGUCUGGAGGCUUGAAGAAGAAGGGCUCAUUCAUUCCCUAUCGAGACUCCGUGCUGACCUGGCUACUCAAGGACAGCUUGGGGGGCAACUCCAAGACCAUCAUGAUCGCAACCAUUUCCCCUGCCCAUCUGAACUACGCAGAGACCCUCAAUACCCUCCGCUAUGCUAACCGAGUCAAGAACAUUGUGAACCAGCCCACGGUGAACGAGGACGGUAGCGUGAAGAUCAUCCGUGACCUCAGGGAGGAGAUAACCCACCUGAAGGCUCUCCUGGACCAGGGAACCCAGGUGUCCCCUGUGGGCCCUAGAUUGGGAGCCAGUGUGGAGGAGAAGCUUUGUCGUAACGAGGCCCGGGUUCUGCAGCUGACCCAGGAGUGGACUAAUAAGUGGAAAGAAACGCAGAACAUUUUAAGGGAGGAGACAGUGGCCCUGAGGAAGGAGGGCAGUGGCGUGGUGCUGGACUCCGAACUGCCGCAUCUGAUUGGCAUCGACGACGACCUGCUGAGCACCGGGGUCAUCCUUUACCGUUUACGAGAGGGCAGAACGUCUGUUGGCCGAGCGGAUGCCGCAACAAAACAGGACAUUGUGUUGGACAGUGCUGGUGUGGAGAGGGAGCACUGUGUGUUUGACAGCAGAGAGGGAGCCGUCACACUGACCCCCCUCCUUGGAGCCCCCUGCUUGGUCAAUGGAGCUGAGGUGACUGGACCCUGCCAGCUCACACAAGGUGCAGUGGUGCUGCUGGGAACUGGUGCCACGUUCCGCUUCAACCACCCCAAAGAGGCGGCCGCUCUGCGCCUGAGGAGGCAGAAUGGUCUGCUGUCUAUCAAAGACCUUUCGGGGUCCUCAGAGAUGCUGUCCAAGGCAAUGUUUCACAACUCUGGGGGGGAUUUGAGAGAGCUGAGGAGUGGAGAGAAUUUUGAGUCUGAACACAGUCAUGAGGAUCUGACCACCCAGAGGUGGAGAACAGAGGAGGUGGAGGGUCACCUGAUGCAGGAGCAGAGGAAGAAAGGUCCUGUGGAGGAGGAUGAUGAGGAGGAGGAGGAGGAGGAGGACCACAGCCUUCCCAUCAUGUCACAGGAGGCUGGCAGCUCGCAGCAGCUGCGGGAUGAGACGGCGGCAGAGCAGCCCAGAAGUGGUCAGCACAGACGUCAGCCUGGCUUGAGUGGAGCAUCAGGUGCUGGUCUGAAUGGAGAUGCGCCCAAGGACGUGGGCGCCCAGCUGAGCUCUGUGACUAAUGGACUGACUGAAGAGGAGGCCAAAGCCAGAGCUCAAAGUAGCAGCCCUGGAUCCUCUGCGGAGUCCCAUGAGCCUGUCCCCAUCCAUGCCUCAGAUGGCUUGUCCUCAUUCCCUCCUCCCCAGGACAUGGUUGAUGAGCUGGAGGAGGGAGGAGAUGGAGGGUGCACUUCUGAGCAAGAGGCCCCUCUCCCUCCCCCCUCACCUGUGAGAAGGAUCGGACUUGCCGCAGACCAUCAGAUACGGGAAGAAGUGUCUCAGACGCCCUCCUCUUCCUCCUCCUCCUCUUCUCUCCACUCACCAGCGUCCUCCUCCUCACCAGAACAACAGAAGCAGCAGGACUCGCCUCAUCAUAAAUCAGCAGCGGGGGCUCAGGCGUCGUCAGCAGAGGCGUCGGUGCCGGGGGGAGGCUGGCUAUGGCAUGCCGGGCAGGAGCCCAGCGCCCUGACACCAGCUGAUGGAUCUGGAUCGGGCGCGGCAGGGCCGGAAGGGGCCCCUAACAAGCACGUGGGCCCCCCGCCCGACGGACGCAGCGUCCCCCUCUUGCUGGCCGGCGGCUCUGGAGGGACCUCGUUAGUCAGCGAGUCGCUCGGCAACUCAUCAGAAGACGGUGAGUCCAAGGGAGGGGCUCUGUCUCUCCCACCGGCGAGCGCUUGUCCUCCUCCUCCUCCUCCUCCUCUCGCCGUCAAGGUCCAAUUUAACCACGGCGCCAUCUCUGCACUGUCUGUGGAGAGCUCCCAGGCGCCGCAGAGAGCGGUCCAAUCUCACACAGACGCCUCGGGCUCCGAUUCCUACCCCGACUCCAGCUCUGGUGAGGCCCCAGGGGGGGUGGUGAGCUGGGUGUCCUGCAUGCUGAACAACGCGGGUCGACACCUGCGCAACCCCCCAGGCCUCCUGCAGCAGGCACCCAGCCUAGGCGGGCUCUACACGCAGGUGUGCUCGCUGGUCAACGAAGUGCCCUUCCUGCAGCAGCUCAAACUGGAACUCACCUUGAGUCCUGGUGCCACUUCAGUGGAGGCCAGAGACCUCGGCCAGCUCCGGGCCCCAGGCAGAAUCACAGAGCUCCUGUCCCCACAAGACAUGGACACCCACAGCCUGAAGCUGUCAGUGCCACAUAAGCUGGGGGCAUUUAAGGAAUUGCUGCCGCCGCUGGACCAGAGCAUGGUGUUGGAGCAGGGGCUGUGCGAUAACCAGGGCCUGCUGUCUGAGAUUGGGUCACCACAGAGAUGCCACACAGCCAGGGAGAAAGGCCUAGCCAGGUACACUGAUGAUGCAGCACAGAGUCUAAAGCCACUAGGCCCCUCAGGUCUAACUGAAGGUGUAGAUUCUGCAGUUCUGCACGAUUCAUUGUCUGGGACUUCAGAAGACACAGCACGGACGCUGAGCUGCACAAUGUUCCCUUCCUGUCCGUCAGUGCAGGUGUGGACCCAGAGGCUGGUGGACUUCCCUCCACACCUGCGGCAGCUGCAGUCUCUCCCCGUGGCCAGCCUGCUGCCCUGUCUGCUCAGCGUUCUGCCGGAUGGGGCUCUGGCCAACCAGCGCCCCCUGGCCCUCUGCUGGCUCUGCGUCGCCACCUGCUCCCAUCCGGAGCCCCUUCCCGCUCUCGCCCUCCUACUGGAGUCGGCCCUCUACACCCUCGCAGCCGACCUUAAGUGCGGCCAGGCUUCCAGCUCCAUCCACCAGCCACAUCGCCUUGGUGUCUUCCACCGCCUACCCCUUCUCCAGGUGAAGGAGAUUCACGUGGGCUUUGCGGGCCAGAGUGUCAGGCUGAUGGGCAGCACGUCCAGCAGCGUCGUGACCCUCUACACCCACAGUCCAGCGCUGACCCAGGACCUGUGCCGCUGUCUGUUGUCUGCACUGCACCAUGGGGAGCCCCGCGUGGACGACCACCCUCUGCUGACCGGAGACCUGCAGCGGCAGGCGCUGGACUGGGCCUCACCGGCCGCUCCCGACCUGCUGUUGGCCGUCGGGCUGCGUCUCAGCAGCAGCUUCCAGAAGAGCCUGGCGCAGCUGGUGUGCCUGCUGCACGGCAACAUGGAGGGCAGGCGGCCAGCGCUGGCACAACUGCGAGUGCUGCUCUACGCCACCGUCCACGUAGAGCAGCAGUGCGGCUCCAACUCUGACACCCUUGGUGCCGACCCGUGGAGGGAGAAGGGUGGGGGCGCCGUGGCUCAGUUCUUCCUGACAGACACCCAUCUGGGGCUGCUGCAGGAGGACGCAGUCUUCUACCCGCCGCCACGCUCCCUGACUCUGGCGCCCAGCCGCGCUCAGUUCAGCCUGGACCAGCUGCGGCACCGUGAGGACGUGCGCUGUGUGCUGGUCAAGGACGCCACACGGCUGGAGCUGGUGCUGAAGCGACAGGUGGCGACGGCUGGGCACGGGGGGCACGGGGGGCACAGGGGUCAGCCACAGCGCGGAUGCCAAGGCAACGGCACUGGCGCCCGAGCUGACCCGUGUUCUCAUCCGUCUCAGCGGUCUGAGGUUUGGAAAUUAACUUUCGGCGACACCACCGAGGCCUCCUCCCUGAUUAAUUACUUGUCAAACGUCUGAUCAGGGAGCUCAGUGCCAAAAUAAUUAAGAGUCCAGCCAGAGGAAUCCACCUCGGAGAUUGAACUGAAGCUUGAGCACAUUCGCUUCAAAACGAAACCAUCUAAUUUAUUCUGGUUCUGCAAACUCCCAUAUUUAUAAUGUGAAUUAUAUAAUUCACAAAGUUUAUGUAUUGGACAUUAUUUGUGCAGUCUGUGUACUUUAUAUGGGGAGGUCUGUUGAGCGGGCUGGUUGUUUGGAAAAACUGUCCAUGUGAAUUAUUCAUUUUAGGCCUCUGAAGGUAACUUUUAUUGUACAAAAUGGCUGCUAAUGACUGGUGUCCUCUUCAUCCCUCUACCAAACCCAAAGCCAAUUUGCAUUUAAGCCAAAUGGCUCCAUGUUCAUGAACUUGUUUCAGAAUAGUGUACGUAUAAACAGUAUGCAGAACACCCAUGAUAAUUAUCCACAAACAAAUGUCUAACAGAUGUUGUCACUCCAUGUCGCACCAUCUUUAUACAUUUUCUCUGUUUAGUCCAGACUUGUUUGUAGUUGUUUUCUCAGGUCAUCAGAGUGUCAAAAUCACUAAUUGUCAUAUUUAUGUCUUAUGUUAUGUUUUUGUCGGUUUUAAAAUAAUUAGUAUCAUGAUAAUUAAAGUGUAAACUGUGAAUGCUAUUCAAGAUAUACAUUUUUUCCCCGACCAAGAAACCCAAACUUUGACGACCGUUGGCUCAGUGCCCAUAAAUUUGUAACUAACAUUUUAAUUCUCCAAUUUGAAGCGUUUUGUGUUUACCUCUCACCUUUUACCCUAGUCUUCCCUGACUGUUCAGUUUUACAAGUGAUCCUAUUUGUUUUUUCAUUUGGGGUUUUAAUACAUCUGGGGAAGGUUCUGCCAUUUCCAGUCCCACCCUGCUUAUUGUUAAAUCUAUAAUUUUAUGAUGUGAAUUUAUAUGUACUAUUUUUCAUCUUGAGUUAAUAAAGAGUAAAUAAACUAUUUUAUUAUAUCCAGAGUGGAGUUAUAUCAGAUGUAUUAACAGCCUAUUAAAAGGUAACUUGAGUUAAAAAGUUACGUUACGUUAAAAAUGUUUUAAUCUCC